AUGGCUGAGAGAAAUUUUACCUUGCUGACUGAGUUCAUUUUUGUAGGAUUCACAGAUUUUCGACCUCUCAGACUUACCCUUUUUCUGGUGUUUCUUGGGGUUUAUGUAUUAACUUUGGCGGGGAAUAUUGGAAUAAUGGUUUUGGUCAAUACCAGCUCAAGCCUACAAAAACCCAUGUACUAUUUUCUCAGUAAUUUGUCUUUCCUGGACAUCAGUUAUUCAACAGCCAUUGCUCCCAAAAUGCCGGUGAACCUCUUAGCAGCGAAGAGAAGCAUUUCUAUGUAUGGCUGUGCACUACAGAUGUAUUUCUUCGGUUGCUUUGCAGAUGCUGAAUGCCUUAUUCUGGCAGCAAUGGCAUACGAUCGCUAUGUGGCUAUCAGCAACCCAUUACUUUACUCACCACUUGUGUCUCGGAGGGUCUGUGUUGGUUUUAUAGUUGGGGCAUACGUAAGUGGGAGCAUCACCUCAAUUGUGCACGUUUGGCUCAUGUUCAGGUUGCCAUUCUGCGGCUCCAAUCUGAUAAAUCUUUUUUGUGAUAUCCCCCCGUUGUUAGCAUUGUCCUGUGCUGACAUCCAUUUAAAUGAGCUCUUGCUUUUUCUUUUAUGUGGCUCUAUCCAAACAAGCACUUUUAUUAUCAUUUUCUUGUCAUAUGUAUCUAUUCUCAUCACUGUCUUGAAUAUCAAGUCUUCGGGAGCAAGAAGCAAAACCUUGUCCACCUGUGUUUCCCACCUGGUAGCCGUCAUUUUAUUCUAUGGGACCCUUCUGUUCAUGUACUUACGCCCUAUUGCUACCUAUUCCCUGGACACAGACAAAGUUGUUGCUCUGUUUUAUACUGUAGUCUUUCCCAUGUUUAACCCGAUUAUCUACAGCCUGAGGAAUAGAGAUGUGAAAAAUGCUGUCAAGAAACUCACCCAGAGACUCCUAAAUCAUUGGUUUUAUGCCGCUAAAUUAAUUAUCUUCUUCCUACUUAUCCACUCUCUUCUCCCACUACAGCCCACUAGCACUCUUCACUUCUUUCAAGCUAACCAACUCACAUCCAGCCAAGCUCCCAGUAUUCCAUGGCACAAGAGGAAGUAUACACAGUGGCUUAUACCCGGCUUGACCCUCCUGAUUUUCAGCCUGAGGAACAAGGAUGCAGUGAAAGCCCAGUUAGUGAGCGGGUGUUCCCAGGACACAGUUCUCUACCUCGAUUCUGCAGCUCCUUGGAGGCAUUCUGAACAUCACCAGUUCCACAAUGCACCGAAGCAUGGUCUAACACAUCUGAUGGUUUUUGAAUGGAAGAAGAUGGAAGAGUCUGAUUUACAAGCUUUAUAUUACAACUCAGCUUCUUGUGGGUCCCUUACCACUAAAGUGGUAAAACUCUGGUUCCUUUUGCUUUCUGCCAUGGAUACACAGCUAUCUAUAUUAAUGAGGCCUGAAGCUGAUUUAACGAAAAUAGUAACAAUAAAAAUGUUGAUCUUUCUUCUGUGUACCAGAGAGAUCCACGCUGUCAAAGAGCAGAGUAGGCAGCAGGACACGUGGCUUCUUUCCUUGGAAUGGGUUUCUUUCAAACUCCACAUCCUGAGGUUGCAUAACUGA